AUGGUGCUUUGGAUGUCGUCUGGGUCGCAGCACACAGCAGCGGUGGCGCCAUGCUCAGUGCAGCAGCUAGAUUUAUGGCAGCCCGCCGAAUGCGGCACGUCGAGCACGGAAGACCACAUAUCCGACGAGGAGGUCGUGGAAAUGGCGUCGCUGCUUCUCCAGUGCGAAUCUCUUAACGGGCCUCGCACUAACAAGGACAUUAUUAUCGAAUCCGCUGAAGCACCGCCUCUUCCAUCCCAAACAUUCACGAAGAGCCCUCAUCGCGGAAACAAGCGGCAGCGAGAGGAGUCGGCGUCAACUGGACGGGCUCUGCUCGAGGAUCAGAAUCGGCGAAUUCUAAUUCAGCCGUGCAACGUGAAGAUAGAGGACCUACUAGGCCCAGAGAGCAGCUCGCUCGAAAGCCUUCAGGAGACGAUUGAGUUUCAGAUGGGCGUCGCGGCGUUUAACGACGAGACUGCUGUUGGAUCUGCGGCGAUUGCGGCGACUGCGGCGCCUGCGGUGAGGGCGAAGAGCGAGGGCGAGGUGGAUAUACGCGACGGCGAGGUUGACGAGGGCUUCAACGGGUACAUUUCUACGGCUGCUGCUGAGAGCAUCGAGGGCCAUCCGACGUGGAGCCUGCUUCUCACCGUCACUCGCGCCGAAGCGUAUUCUCAGCCGUCGUUUACGCCUUUCGAGGCGCUAUCGCACCCACCUCCUUCUGCGGUUUCCGCGGAUCCGCUUUCCCCGUCCGCGCGCAGCCCGCCGCCUCCCGCCACUCCGCGCGCUCAAGCCCGCGGGGAUGUUAGCUCCGCGCCAGAACCCAGUGCGGGGAACUCCGCGGCGGGCGCGCUGUACGCAACUGCGGCUCCCGCGGAACAUUCGGCGCUUCUGGGGCCGGCGCAUGCGACACAGCAGCAGGCGCAGCUUCAGGGGGCGGCGCAUCCGGCGCAGCAGGUGCUGCUGCCGCUGCUGCUGGUGGCGGAAGCGACUGAAGGGUCCGCCAAUCCGCACUGCGACUACUGCCGCAGCUCAGGUUGGUGUCACCACCCCAUCGCGGCGCACAAGUAUCAUUUCAUCAUUCCUGCCAAGAACCCGCACUCGCACCCUCGCGCCGAGCACCACCACACGAGCAUCACGGCUGCGGCGUGCCGCUCGCAGUCGCUCGCCUCCCCCACGCACCUCCUGCACGGCGUCAUCCAUGCCAACGGCUUCGGCCACCUCGUGAUGCUCAUCGGCCGGGCGGCGGGCUCGCAUGUGCUGUCCGGGCGGCAGCUCAUGCAACUGGUGGUGAGUGUGGAGGACCUAUCGCACAAGCUCUCCUUCUCAUCAGACUAUCGCCUUCUCCACACGCUCGCCUUCUCGCACUCCUGGUUCGCCCGCUGGGGCUACUCCUUCGCCCACGGCCUACCACGUAGCUCAUCGUCUGGUGGUGAGUGUGGAGGACCUAUCUCACAAGCUCUCCUUCUCAUCCGACUAUCGCCUCCUCCAUACCCUCGCCUUCUCACACUCCUGGUUCGCCCGCUGGGGCUGCUCCUUCCCCCACUGCCUGCCCUGUUGUUCAUCCUCUGUUUUCCCUUCUUUUUCCCCUCUCCCUCUCUCCCAAUUCCUCCCCAACUCCCCCUUCCCUCCCCAUUCGCUCCCAUCCCCCACCUCCUUGGCCAUCAUCACAGGGUGGUGAGUGUGGAGGAUCUAUCUCACAAGCUCUCCUUCUCCUCCGACUAUCGCCUCCUCCACACGCUCGCCUUCUCGCACUCCUGGUUCGCCCGCUGGGCCUACUCCUUCGCCCACGGCGCCUUUGGCAUCACGCAGCAGCGCUAUAGCCGAGCUGUGGCGCGUGUGGCCGGCACACGCCUGCUCCCGCUGCUGCAGCACCUGCGGGGCAUCAACACCGGGAUUGCCUCCCGUGUUGCGGCGGUGGUUGCUAAGUAUCAGUCGCACGUGCUGUCAGCUAAGUGUCAGCCUCAGGGUGAAUACCAGCCACAUGUUUCACAUGGCGCAGAGGAGGUUGACUAUCCCCACCCACAUGCCUCACAUGCUCUUCAUGCCCCGCACGGCCCGCAUGGCCCACAUGCUGCUCCACCCAACCUCACCCUGCAGCACCUCUUCUCAUCCCUUCUCGCCCUGCGCUCCUCCCUCCCCCUCCCACUGCACCACCAGCACUACCACUUCCCCCACCUCCUCCACCCGUCCGCUCUCCCUCUCCCCUUCACUCCCACUACCCCUGCUCCUCCCACUGCUCCCUCUACUCCUGCUGCAGCAGCAGCGCCGCUAGCUGCUCUCCCCUCUUUUGCUUCCUCCCGCUCUCCCCUCCUCUCCUUCUCCGCUCGUCGCCUCCUCGCCCCCCCGCCGCCCCUCACCCUCCCCCCGCUCUUCCCGCCGCUGCAGCCAAUGGCAGCACGCCAGCUGUCGGGCGAGCCCAGCCCUACCUCCGCGUCCUGCUUGUCCGACGAGCUGUCGCCACGUCAGCAGCAGCAGCGCCUGCUGCGUCAGCAGCAGCAGCAGGCUCUGCCAUCCCCGGUUCCACCAAUCAGCUACCAACAAAUGGACGUCCUUCCAUCUGCCAGCGUCGCCACCCCCUCUACAAUCACGCCCGGUACAGUCACUCCCAGUGCUGUCACUCCCAGGAGCAAGCGAACCCUCCUCUUCCUUGACAGCCCCAUCAGCAGCGCUUUGGCAGGAUCAGCAGCAGGAGCAACACCAGCAACACCAGUCACAGCAGCACCGGCACCAGCAGCAGCGGCAGCGGCAGCAGCAGGGGACUAUUCCAGGCGCCUUCUCUGCAACGAGCCCAUCAUAAUCAGCCCGCUGCCAGCCGACUCCCCCUCGUGCCGCUGGUCGUCCAAGCGCCUCCACCUGGCGCAGCAGGUGAUUGUGGACGUGCUCUCCCUCCGCCCCGGCGCCUGGCUGCCUCGGCACGAGGUUCGGGAGGCGGCUCGGCAGAGGAUCGGCGACACGGGGUUAUUGGAUUUUGUGCUGAAGUCGCUGGGGAACAGGCUGGUGGGGGAUGUGGUGGUGCGGAGAGCGAUUAACCCGCUUAGUAAAGUGCUGGAGUUUAGCUUAGAGCCUCUGCAGCGGGAGGGCGGGGAGAGGGGUGGGGGAGAGGGGGGGGAGGGGAGGGAGGGGGUGAUUGGGGAGGAGCGGAGAGGGGAAAUGGAGGGGCAGCAAGGAGGGCAGUUCUUUAAGGACUACAAGGGCGAGCUGACCAGGGAGCAAGCAGCACGGGCUGCUGCUGCUGCUGCAGGGGGAGAGGGGGUAGAGGGGAGGGAUGGCGUUGUUACAGAGGCAGCGAGCGAAGACGAGGAUGGGACGAUUCGAGUGCUCUGCAGCAUCGAUGCACGGGAUGCAGACACCAAUCGCAACUGGCCCAUACCUCCGCCGGAGCUCAUAACCUUGCCGCCCGAAGCAACCGUUGCUGACCUCAAGGUUGCUGCCUGCCGAGCCUUCGCCCAGACCUACCCUGUGGCUCGGCACAUGCAGGUCACUGCUCUGCCCACGGACCUUGAAGAUCUGGACGAGGACGACGUGCUCUUUGGCUCGCUCGACUCGGGCGCCUCUCUGCUGCUCGCCAUCUCCAGCCUUGAUGCGCACAGCGAGUGGCGCUACGAGGGCGGCAACGACACGUGGGCCGUACGGUGCGUGUGCGGUGCGCGGGACGACGACGGCGAGCGCAUGAUCGCGUGUGAUGAGUGCGGCGUGUGGCAGCACACCCGCUGCGCUGGGAUCGGCGACGCUGCGCCUGCCCCCAUGAGCUUCCUGUGCUUGGGGUGCAGAGCGGGGGAGAAGAAUCAUUGCCGGGAGGGUAAGGUGGAUUGUGGUGAGAAGAAAGGAGCACGCAGAGUGGUGAAGAGUGAGCAGCCCCGGCUACCCAGGUUCGGCAAGCAGGUUCGGCAGCCCGCACCUGUGCCUGCCCCCACUCCCUCUGCUGCGUAA